AUGCCCAGGUUCUGGACGUCUGCAGUUAGGUCAUGGCGAGGGGUGUUCCAGAACGGCCAAGGGCCUCAGAGGUUAUUCGGACAGGCUGCCGCCUCGCAACACUCUUCAAGUCUUCGCCAGAGCCCUUCCACCAUGUGGAUAUUUGGUGCACCGGAUUUACUUGAUGGGGACUUGCCAGUCAAAUCAGGUGAUGCGUGA